UUCUCACUAGGCCCUGUCCUCAGCAUUAAGGGUCCCAUUUUAACAUGAGAUUUGGACAGGGAGACAUAUCCAAACCAUAUCAGAGGUGUAUUUCCCAGUUCCUUCCAGAGACAUGGGCUUCUCACACCUGGAGAGCAUGAAAGCAGAAAAAAGAAAAGCAAGUCCAUGUCCCUCACACUUCAGUGAUAGGAAUGUUUGCCUACAAGGCCCUUCCAGCAUUAAAGCACAAGAAAUAGGAGAAAACAGCGGUACUAACCAUAUAUAUGAGGAUUAUUAUUCUUUGAAAUUCAGCUCAUGCUCGACCAUUUUUCUUGAAGACACCACAGCCAGCUGCCCUCAUUUUAAAAUGACACUAAAAUCUGUGGCCUUGGAGAUAUAUUAUCUUAUCAAGAAAAGAGAUGGAAAUAGAACUUUGGAAAUCUUUGACGAAUGUAUAUUCCCAUUUAAUGUAAGUGGCACUUUUAUUGAGGUUGUAUUUUUAUCAUAGACUUGUAUUUGUUUCAUGCUGAAGUCAAAGCCAUCUUUAA